UAUGGUAACUUUCCUCCCAGAAAUUCUCCCAAAAAAUUGUUAUCCUUUAUAUUUGGUAUUCAAGUCUGCUGUUUUAUAUUUUAUAUCCAUGUUUUAGAUACUGCAAAGGCAGUUGCUCCAACUAACAACUAAACAUAUAUCCGACAAGUCGACGGAAACCGACUCAAAUCUGUCAUGUUUCUCUGAUGAGGCGCGCACCUACAGUACGACACCUUCGCCCCCUGGCUGUGCCGUCGCCUAUUACCGUGUGGAUACUCCGAAGUUGAUUGACACAACCGAAAACAGUAGUGUAACGACGGACCUCACUGCCGAUACCCUUUCUCUAACUUUCGAUAGAACUGAGUCUUUCAGUUCUCCAGCUACGGCUAAUUCUACGCAAAUGCUAAAUGUGCGUCUCUCUGGUAUGCUUAAUCAGAUAGAGACGCUGCAGUCUAGAAUAGUUUCGCUGAAUUCUGCUUCGCGCGUACAAGACGCAAGGGAUAAAAAUACUGCCGCCAAGAAACGCGUUAAGAAAGUAACUUUCGAUUUGACCGACCAGGAGUUGAAACAGGAACUUACGGAAACCUACGAAAAGCUGAAACAAGCUGAGCUCGCUUCAUCGGAUCUUCAUGAGGAAAACGAAGAACUACGGCUGAUUAUUGCAGGUUUAGAACGCAACAUUCAAAAUGACCUUAAAGCCGUUUUCGUCGAGGAAUCCUUGCAGCAGGCCACAAAAGACUUGAAACAGUCUGAAAGCAAGGUGCAGCAGUUGGUGCACGCGAUGAACGAACUGAAGAAGGAGAGGAAGUGUGCGGUACUGCGCGCCAAAGCUCAACAAACGGCGCGAAUUAAGCAUUUGGAAGCUAUAAUCUGUGGACUGGAAGGGGAGCAAGACAAGCAGCUCCUCGAAAUACAGGCGCUGAAGACAGAGAAUGAAAGUCUGAAAUCGUCACUUCUCGACUCUGUACGGCUCAGCGACGUGUCCACGAUUAUCCACAGAUGCAUAAGCAACUCAAUUUCUGACCUGUGGCGCAUCGUCGAUGGUAAGAUCAGUGCAAUAGAUGCAAAAUUCACUGAACUGGUUUCGAGGAUAUCUGAACAGAAUUCAAAAAUCCACAUGAUCAACAGUAAAAAGGUGUUUGACGUGUCGGGAAGCAGUGACGAUCCUUCAGAACUUGCUAACCCUAAAGCUGCAUGCUUUAAUGCCCCUAAAAUUUCCGAAUCGUUUGUACUGGAUCUGUCAGAAGAGCUUCCUGUUGUAGAGCAUGAUAAUGAAGACACCACAGCAGAGGUUUCUGAAAGCGGUUAUAGCGGCUCUGCUGACAUACCCAAAUUUAUUGAUACGACAGAUGCUACGACCUCUCUGACCGCCCCUAGCAUUCGGCAGAAAGUGGCCAAUCUGAAAAUUCUCAAUGAGCGAUUGGAUAAAAUUGUCGAAUCUAUAAUGGGACGCGUCCGACUUAACCAGCUGCCUCUCACGUUGCUUCCGUCAUCGAACAAAGUUUCGUUGCCCGAGUUAUCAGCUGCCGCGCAGGCUUUUGGCGGGGAUUCAGACAGGCUGCGAAAAGUUGGCGAUGAGAACCUGCUCAUUGCCUUCUCGCAGCAUGGGGCGCAGCAGCACGAUAACGGCUGUCGAAGACCACGACUACGCUAG